GACCAAUCAAACAAUGACUACUUUUACUGUCGCUACUUUAAGUACAUUUAGAGGAGAGUACUUUCUACUUUCACUGGAGGAACAUUUAGAAUACUUUUACUGUGACAGAGUAUUCCUACACUCUGGUACUUCUACUUUUACCAAGGCCUGAGUACUCCUCCCACCUCUCCACAUGUCAGCAUAGGUUGUUUGAACAUUAGGUUCCAUGAUGCUCUUCCAUCACCGAAAAUAAUUUACUCGUAACUGUCACAAACACUCAUUCAUUCAGAGGAAGACAUAUGUGCUUAGAGUCAGGAGGGAAAAGAGGGGGUGGGGGGGGUGUAAUCUUUUUCUUUUUUCUUAACAUAUGACAACGUGGGAGGAGUUCCCUCAGUCAGUUUUUACAAGCUGUUGCUUGCAGCUCACUCCACAAAGCGUGGGUGAGAGCAGAAGGAAGAUGAGAGGAGAAUGAAGGUGGGAACUGCAGCUGCCUAGCCGGGAAUGAAGGCGCAAGAAUGCCCUGUGAGACGGUGUGGAGGCCCCGCCACAUUUACGCACGAAACGAGUGAUUUACUGUGAGGGAAUCUGAAGAAGAAUCGGAUCAUCGUCCUUUUUGCUUGAGAAAGAACAGGUUUGCUUCAGAAGUUGUCUUCACUAACCAGCAGAGAUGAGAUUGAACUUUUGGAUACUCCGAGGCUGGAUAACAUGCAUCCUGGUCACCUUUUACGCACAGAAUGGGUCCUCAAAAUCUGCCAACCAGUGUGAUGAUCAAACAUAUUAUUUAAAAGGCUCCUCCAGAUGCUGCAAGAAGUGUCCACCAGGCUUCCAUGUGUUUUCCGACUGCACUGAUUCCGAAAGCACUAAAUGCAGAAAGUGUAACAGCGGUGAAUACCAGCCCGACUGGACCGAUGAAAAGCGCUGUCUUCAGCAGAAGAUCUGCGACGCACAUAAGGGUUUCAUGAAGAGGCGUGAGAACCCAGUGGCAGAGGAGCCGUGUCGCUGCCGCUCCGGCCGCCAAUGCCAUCCCAUCAACUGCGAGUUCUGUGAGAAGAUACCCACCUGCGGCGCUGGAUAUGGACUGGAGGUGGACCCAGAGUCUACUAACGAGAGGAAGACAUGUGUUGCCUGUCAGAAAGGCUUCUUCUCUGCUGAGAACAGUGCCGAGCAGUGCAAACAAUGGACUAGUUGUAAUGCUGAGGGCAGGAGUGAAAUGCAUCCAGGCAGCGCUCAGGCAGAUGCGGUGUGUCGACAACGUGUCUCUGGUGCAGCCCCCUCCUGGGUGAUAGUUUCUGUUCUGUCAGUCAUCACGGUCCUGUGUCUCCUCAUCCUACUCCUCUUCUGCUACAAGGACAAGCUGAAGUUACUCUCUGUAAACCUGCGAUCCUGCGUCCAGAAUCUGAAGAGGACUAGGAUUCAACAGGAGACCUUGGCCCCUCUUUACCAAAGUGGAGCAGGAGGAGGCCACAAAUCUACUCCAUGUGAGAUGACUAGACUCGUAUGCCAAGCACCCCACAGCCCGGCUGAUGAAUUCCAGUGCACCUUCCCCUCCUCUGUCCCCGAGGUCAAGGUCUCCCUGCCCUUCACGGGGGAAAUGACGGAGGAAACGGGGACCAAGGAGAAGACAGUGAUGGAGGAUCAGAGUGAAGGGUCUGGGGAGCCAGAGGAGGUGUCAGAAGACGAGGAGAUUGUGGCUGCGUCUCCUCUUCUGGCAGGCUUGUGUGUGUGUGUCAUUCCUGUUCGCGAGCCCCUGGAAGUAGGGGAGAAUGAGGACUGUAGUCAGGCGGUCAGCCCCGGGACUCCAGGAACCUGCUCCUGUGGAGGGCUGGACGGAGACUGGGAGAGCGGGAAAGAGGAAAAGAGCGAUCCAGCGAAUCCAGAAAAGAUGGUUUUGUCUACUGGUGUGGCAUCUCUUGUCUCGCUUUCUCCUCCACCCCUCCCCAACUCUUCUCAAAUCCCUCCUUCCACUCCUGAGCUCUGCCUGCCAUUGUCUCAGGCUCAGGUGAGACCAGAGUUUAAACCUCACCUGUCUGUCAGCUCGCUGGUUAAACAGGAGGACUUACACAGACUGAAAAGUUCAGACUCCACUUUAACAGACACUUCGGUCAGCCCAUUGCUGACUUCCUCCUCUGUGGGAAAUCUCUACCUGGACAAGCCCCCUGAGACCUCCAGCCUAGAGCAAGGCCAGGGACUGUCCUGGGGGGACAGCAGGGGAAACAAGCUCUCCUCUGGGGAUGCGGACCUGGAGUGCUCACCUGAGAGCCUCCACAGUCAGCUGACUGAGCCAACUCCUACCUCAGGUCAGGUUUCUGGGAACCACAACACCACCUUCAUCUCCAGCGGUCAGGUGAUGAACUUCAGCGGGGAAGUCAUCGUGGUCUACGUCAGCCAGACGUCUCUGGGCAGUGACGGCUCGGGGCAGGACGCUGCCUUCGGGAGCCCCGUCCAGGAAGAGGCCAAUGAGACGGCCCUGUUUUUCCAGAGCAGCCUGAGGUCACAAGGAGACUCAAUUUCCCAGAACACCUGGCAAGAAGAGACACUGCCGGUCCAGGAACUGACUGAGGAGCGGCCGCUUGGAAAGUGAAAAGGGAGACCAAUGUCUGUUUCUACCGUCAGUACAGUGAUCAUCUCAAUCAGUUAGACUUUCUAAAAGUUAAAAUGUCUGAGAUCUUAGGAUCCAAAACACAUUACAAAAACUAGAGAAUAAAAACACGUAGUGCCCAGCUUUAAACAAGGACAGGAAGGCUGUCAAUAAAAGUGAAGCGGAGCAGAGAGCUCCUGUGGAUGUGGAGCGAUCGAUCUAUGCCCACAUAAUUAGUUCAGACUGUAAUCUCCUUUAAUUUGUCCAUUUCUAAACAUUGGUCACUAAAUCUUUUAGUGUUUUUAUUCUUGGGAUGUCUGCUUGCUUUUUCAAAUGGAAACCCCCUCCCUUCCAGACAAUGACGGGGAUUUUUUUAUUGGGAAUUGGAUUUGAAACUUCAGUCUGGAAGAACGUCAUGUUUCCUUAUUGUUUUAUGGAAAUAACAGCUGGCUGUUGAUUUAAAGGAGUUAGAACAGUUAUUAUUUCCCACCUUCCAUCAUUGUCUAAGUUAAAGUCUGUAGAGUUCUGCUUUUUUACUGCUCUUACUUUGACAUUUGGAUGAUUUCAAGAGUUUCCUUUGCAUACAAAAUAUCCACCAUGUGGAAAUAAUUGUCUAUGCACUCACGAGAUCAUGCCAUAAAAGUAAAUAUUUUUAUGUAAUGAAAUCCAAUCUACAUGCUUCAUUAAGAAGUGGCGUUUCACUGAGUGAAUGUUUCUCUUUCUGGUUUGCAGGGUUUGACAAAAGCUAAUUUACAGACACAGCCAGUUUUGGUACGAUGCUUGUUUAUCCCCAAAGUAGAGAUGUGUUUUAUUCUGUUCUAUUGCACCACAAGUGCAGUGUGUGUAUAAGGAAAAAAAAUGCUAUGCAUUUGAUAAGCUAUUUGAUUACUGGUUUGUUUUGUUUCAAUAUGUUUUAAUGUGCAAGCAUUAAUGAAGAAAAGUGAAAUGUCUGUUUAUAUUUUAAUUCAUUUCACAAAGUUGAUUGUGUAUGUAUUAUUUCAGCAAAUGCAUAUGGCAUCAAUGUAUGUAAAUAUUCUAAAGAAGGGUUUGUGAAACAAGAAUUCUCUUUGUGCCUCCUCAUUUGAUUUGAGGUGUGAAUGAGAUUUGAAUGGAGCCUUUAACAGCAUGCAGAACACACUGUAGGAGUUUCAAGGGACUGUUCAAUUACAACCUCGCCAUAUAUAUAUAUGCAGCCUUAAAAUUAUCAUGUGCAAACCAAUCAAACAUUUUGCAAUGAAUGACUGAAAGAAUACUUUGUUGGAAAUUAAAUGUGUUUUGCAUCUAAUCCUUUAAGGGAUGGCUGCUAUCCUA